AUGUCGCUGCUCUGCGUCGGAGUUAAAAAGGCCAAGUAUGAUGGGCCCCAAGAGAAAUUUAACACCUAUGUGACCCUGAAGGUGCAAAAUGUCAAGAGCACGACCAUAGCAGUGCGGGGCAACCUGCCCUCCUGGGAGCAGGACUUCAUGUUUGAGAUCAAUCGGCUGGACUUGGGGCUGACUGUGGAGGUGUGGAACAAGGGGCUGAUCUGGGACACCAUGGUGGGCACGGUGUGGAUCCCCCUGCGGACAAUCAGGCAGUCCAAUGAGGAGGGUCCUGGGGAAUGGCUCACACUUGACUCCCAGGUCAUCAUGACUGACAACGAGAUUUCGGGCACCAAGGACCCGACUUUCCACCGCAUCCUCCUUGACACGCGCUUUGAGCUGCCUCUGGAUAUCCCUGAGGAGGAGGCCAGGUACUGGGCCAAGAAACUGGAGCAGCUCAAUGCCAUGCGGGACCAGGAUGAUUAUGCCUUCCAGGAGGAGCAGGAAAAGCCUCUGCCUGUGCAUGGCUCUCAGUGCUGCAACUGGAAUUAUUUUGGCUGGGGAGAACAGCAGAAUGAUGACCCCGACAGUACCGUGGAUGACCGGGACAGUGACUACCGCAGCGAGACCAGCAACAGCAUCCCCCCACCCUACUACACCACGUCUCAGCCCAACGCCUCCGUGCACCAGUACCCUAUGAGGCACCAGCAGCAGAGCUCCCGAGACUCCUACACUGACUCCAUGCAGAGCUACGAGAUGGACUACUCGGACCAGGCUCCCAUCAGACGCUAUGGUAGCGUAGACUCUGCCGCAAACGGACGCAGCGACGCUGAGUCCGGUUCUGAGUCGAGCAGGCGGACCAGCCGCCAGCCUUCCCUUGAGAGCAGGCGGUCCCUAGACCUAUCGGAUAGCCCCACAGGGAGCAGCCGCUACGCCUCGUCGGCCGAGCUGAGCCAGGGCAGCUCUCAGCUGAGCGAGGACUUCGAGAACGAGAGCCUGAGGGACUCGGAGCUGGACGAGAGGGACGGGGACUCCUACCACUCCUGCCACAGCUCCGUCAGCUACCGCAAGGACUCGCCGCGCUGGGAGGAGGAGGAUGAUGAUGAUCUCUACCUGGAGGAGGAGGAGGAAGAGUUCAUUGAGGACUACAGUGAGACUGAGGAAGGCUAUCCCAAGGAAGAGGAGCUGGAAGAGGAGGAGGAGGAGGAACUGCGGGAGCAGGAUACCUAUGAACCCCCUGAGCAUGAAACAUACCCACCACCGCAGAAACCCCUGCCGCAGCAGCAGCAGCAGGAGCUGGGAGAAGAGGAGGUGCAGGACCCCAAAGCACGAGCCAAAGCCAACUGGCUGAGAGCCUUCAACAAGGUCUGCAUACAGCUGCAGGAGGCCCGCGGGGAAGGUGAUGGAGAAAAAUCCCUGUGGUUCAAAGGCGGGCCUGGUGGUGGGCUGAUCAUUAUAGACAGCAUGCCGGACAUUCGCAAGCGAAAACCCAUCCCCCUAGUUAGCGAUUUGGCCAUGUCUCUGGUCCAGUCCAGGAAAGCGGGAAUCACGUCCGCGCUGGCCUCGAGCACCUUGAACAAUGAGGAGCUGAAAAACCAUGUUUACAAGAAGACCCUGCAAGCCUUAGUGUACCCCAUCUCCUGCACAACGCCCCACAACUUCGAGGUGUGGACGGCCACCACCCCCACCUACUGCUACGAGUGUGAGGGGCUGCUGUGGGGCAUCGCCCGGCAGGGCAUGCGCUGUGCCGAGUGCGGCGUCAAGUGCCACGAGAAGUGCCAGGAUCUGCUCAACGCUGACUGCCUGCAGAGGGCGGCGGAGAAGAGCUCCAAGCAUGGAGCAGAGGACCGCACCCAGAACAUCAUCAUGGUGCUCAAGGACCGCAUGAAGAUCCGGGAGCGCAACAAACCCGAGAUAUUUGAGCUGAUCCAGGAGGUGUUUGGGGUCAACAAGACCACGCACACACAGCAGAUGAAGGCGGUCAAGCAGAGUGUCCUGGAUGGCACUUCCAAAUGGUCAGCCAAGAUCAGCAUCACGGUGGUCUGUGCCCAGGGCCUGCAAGCAAAGGAUAAGACGGGUUCCAGUGACCCCUAUGUCACUGUCCAGGUUGGAAAGACAAAAAAAAGGACUAAAACUAUCUACGGCAAUCUCAACCCAGUCUGGGAGGAGAAUUUCCAUUUCGAGUGCCAUAACUCCUCUGACCGCAUCAAGGUCCGUGUGUGGGACGAGGACGAUGACAUCAAGUCCCGUGUCAAGCAGCGCUUCAAGAGGGAAUCCGAUGACUUCCUGGGCCAGACCAUCAUCGAGGUCCGGACCCUGAGCGGGGAGAUGGACGUCUGGUACAACCUCGACAAGCGCACAGACAAGUCAGCAGUGUCAGGAGCCAUCCGACUGCACAUCAGCGUGGAGAUCAAGGGUGAGGAGAAGGUGGCUCCCUACCAUGUUCAGUACACCUGCCUGCAUGAGAACCUGUUCCACUUUGUGACGGAUUUACAAAACAACGGGGUGGUGAAAAUCCCCGAUGCCAAGGGGGAUGAUGCGUGGAAGGUGUAUUUUGAUGAGACAGCACAGGAGAUCGUGGAUGAGUUUGCCAUGCGCUAUGGAGUGGAGUCCAUCUACCAGGCCAUGACGCAUUUUGCCUGCCUCUCCUCCAAGUACAUGUGCCCCGGGGUGCCGGCGGUGAUGAGCACCCUGCUGGCCAACAUCAACGCCUACUACGCCCACACCACCGCCUCCAGCAACGCCAACGCCUCCGACCGCUUUGCCGCCUCCAAUUUCGGGAAAGAUCGCUUUGUCAAACUCCUGGACCAGCUGCACAACUCCCUGCGCAUCGACCUCUCCAUGUACCGGAACAAUUUCCCUGCCAGCAGCCCUGAACGGUUGCAGGACUUGAAGUCCACAGUGGAUUUGCUGACCAGCAUCACCUUCUUUCGGAUGAAGGUCCAGGAGCUGCAGAGCCCCCCAAGAGCCAGCCAGGUGGUGAAGGACUGUGUGAAGGCCUGUCUCAACUCCACCUACGAGUACAUCUUCAACAACUGCCACGAGCUCUACAGCCGCGAGUACCAGACAGACCCGACUAAGAAAGGCGAGGUGCCCCCCGAGGAGCAGGGCCCCAGCAUCAAAAACCUGGAUUUCUGGUCCAAGCUCAUCACCCUGAUUGUCUCCAUUAUUGAGGAGGACAAGAACUCCUACACACCCUGUCUGAACCAGUUCCCCCAGGAACUGAACGUGGGGAAGAUCAGCGCUGAGGUGAUGUGGAACCUCUUUGCUCAGGACAUGAAGUACGCGAUGGAGGAGCACGAGAAGCACCGCCUGUGCAAGAGUGCAGACUACAUGAACCUGCACUUCAAGGUGAAGUGGCUGUACAACGAGUACGUCACCGAGCUGCCCUCCUUCAAGAGCCGUGUGCCCGAGUACCCCGCCUGGUUCGAACCCUUCGUCAUCCAAUGGCUGGAUGAGAAUGAGGAGGUGUCACGGGAUUUCCUGCACGGAGCACUGGAGCGGGACAAGAAAGAUGGGUUCCAGCAGACCUCAGAGCACGCGCUCUUCUCCUGCUCCGUGGUGGACGUUUUCUCCCAGCUCAACCAGAGCUUUGAGAUUAUCAAGAAGCUGGAGUGCCCUGAUCCCCAGAUUGUGGGGCACUACAUGAGACGGUUUGCCAAGACCAUCAGCAAUGUGCUGCUCCAGUACGCUGAGAUCAUCUCCAAGGAUUUUGCUUCAUACUGCUCCAAGGAGAAGGAGAAAGUGCCCUGCAUCCUGAUGAACAACAUCCAGCAGCUCCGUGUCCAGCUUGAGAAGAUGUUUGAAGCCAUGGGUGGGAAGGAUCUGGACACAGAAGCCAGUGAUAUCCUCAAGGAACUGCAGGUGAAACUUAACAAUGUCCUGGAUGAUCUGAGCCGAGUCUUUGCCACCAGUUUCCAGCCACACAUUGAGGAGUGUGUGAAGCAGAUGGGUGACAUCCUGAGCCAGGUGAAGGGCACCGGCAACGUCCCUGCCAGCACCUGCAGCAGUGUGGCACAGGACGCUGACAACGUCCUGCAGCCCAUCAUGGACCUGCUGGACAGCAACCUGACGCUCUUUGCCAAGAUCUGCGAGAAGACGGUGCUGAAGCGGGUGCUGAAGGAGCUCUGGAAGCUGGUGAUGAACACCAUGGAGAAAACCAUCGUCCUACCCCCCCUCACGGACCAGACGAUGAUUGGCACGCUCUUGAGAAAACAUGGCAAGGGGACAGAGAAGAGCAGGGUGAAGCUGCCCAGUCACACUGAAGGCACACAGAUGAUUUUCAAUGCAGCCAAGGAGCUGGGGCAGCUUUCCAAGCUGAAGGACCACAUGGUGCGUGAGGAAGCCAAGAGCCUGACCCCGAAGCAGUGUGCUGUGGUGGAGCUGGCGCUGGACACCAUCAAGCAAUACUUCCAUGCCGGUGGCGUGGGGCUGAAGAAAACGUUCCUGGAGAAGAGCCCUGACCUGCAGUCGCUGCGCUAUGCCCUGUCCCUCUACACCCAGGCCACAGAUCUCCUCAUCAAAACCUUCGUGCAGACCCAGUCAUCGCAGGUUCAUGGUGGGAAAGGGAUUAGGUUUACCCUUAGUGAAGAGGUGUAUCCUGAGAAGGGUGCUGGCGUGGAUGACCCCAUUGGGGAGGUGUCCAUCCACGUGGAGCUCUUGACCCACCCCAGCAGUGGCGAGCACAAGGUCACCGUCAAAGUGGUGGCUGCCAAUGACCUCAAGUGGCAGACUUCGGGCAUCUUCCGGCCCUUCAUCGAGGUCAACAUCAUCGGGCCCCACCUUAGUGACAAGAAGAGGAAAUUCGCCACCAAAUCCAAGAACAACAGCUGGGCCCCCAAGUACAAUGAGAGCUUCCAGUUCACGCUGGGGACAGAGACGGGCCCUGAGUGCUACGAGCUGCAGGUGUGUGUGAAGGAUUACUGCUUCGCCCGGGAGGACCGCACCGUGGGCAUCGCCGUGCUGCAGCUGCGGGACAUCCUGCAGCGCCCCGGCUGCGCCUGCUGGCUGCCCCUGGGCCGCCGCAUCCACAUGGACGACACCGGGCUCACCGUGCUCCGCAUCCUCUCCCAGCGCAACAACGACGAGGUGGCCAAGGAGUUUGUCAAGCUCAAGUCGGACACGCGCUCGGCCGAGGAGGGCAGUAGUUAA